UUUAUAAAAUAAUGGAUUUCAAUAUUGAUUCAUAUUUAUCAUCAUUUCGAUGGGAAAAUUUUAAAUCAAUUUAUCAAGAUAAAAAAAAUCAUCUACCAUUAAUUGGUAAAAUUUGUUAUUGUUCAUAUAAUCUACAUAUGUCAUUGGAUGGUGGUUUACCAAGCAUAAUGCCAAUGAUUGGUAGCCGAUCAUUGAAUCUUAUAUUGUUAACAUCACAUAUUGGAAUCGGUUAUCAUAUAAAUCAACAGAAAUGUAUCCAACAACAAUGUGAUGAUCAUAUUAUUCUUUCCAGUUAUGCAUCCAUUCUAUUUAAUUUGGGUUCAUUUUUAUUUACAGCAAUAAUGAAAAAUUUUCUACCACAAUCACAAUUAAUUAGAGGUAUUUUCUCUUUGUUCAUAUCACUAAUGAACAUUCAUUUGGGUGGUAAAUUUUUAAAAAAAUCAAUUGAUCAUCAUUGAUUUUAACCAAAAUACAACAAAAAAUAAACAAGCAAAUAUAUUAUAUUAGA